ACGUAUAGCGACGAUGAGGGGACGGUGUAGAAUGUUGAUAGAAUAAUCACUAAAACUCGUGUAGCCUAGAUCCAAUCCCAAGAAAAUCCGCAUCUGUUGGAACGAGAAUCACGCAUUUGUCUUGUUUUUGCGCUCUUCUGCGCAUUUGGCACCGGUGGUUAAAGUUUUAUCACGUAAUCUCAAACGAAGUAUCUGAUUUGUGUUUGCUCUGCGUGCUGUCCACAACUGCGACCGUUAAUUUUCCGUGAAUGUGAAAGUACAAGCGUGUACUGUCAUCAUCAAUAAACAGCUGGACCAUUCGGAAAGGAAGAGCACAUAUUUCCAUUCUGCGAGCUACAGAACAGAAUAGAACAGCCUGCACAUAUUUCUGUUGAGUGCGCAGUAGGGAUAGCUAUACUCCUGCAUAUGCUAUGCUGCACCUGGAAAGAAGAUUUGGAUUACCAGAUGAACUGUAGGCUAUUAACUAACCCGCACUCGCUCCACCGGACAAAAUACGCAUUUGCCUUUUAAAUCAACGGACGCUUUGUGUGUCUCGACAAGCAGUGGGAUUUAUAAACCGAAGAUGGGUGUUUGUGGAUACUUUGUCGUGUCUUGGAAGUGCCUGGUGGUUCUGUCAUUCAGGCUGCUGUUUCUUGUCCCCCCAGGUUUGCCUGUCCACAGUCAAGGGGAUUCCCAAACCGAUAAUAAAGUAAUGGACAAUAUUACCGUCAGGCAAGGCGAGACCGUCUUUCUCAGGUGCCCACAGGGGGACAUCGUCACACACACGGCCUGGCUCAACCGGUCGAGUAUACUGUACGCCGGCGAGGACAAGUGGUCGGUGGAUCCCAGGGUGAGUCUUGUUACACUCAAUCAGGAGGAGUUCACCAUAAAGAUUGAGGACGUGGACAUGACCGACGAGGGCCCAUACAUCUGUGCGGUGCAGACGAGCAGGAGACCGAGGACGACGUCAGUGCACAUCCUCAUCCAAGUGCCCCCCACAAUCAUCAACCUGUCGAAGGGCAUUGUGGUCAACGAAGGCUCCAACGUCACGCUGAUGUGCCAAGCCAGUGGCAAACCAGAACCCUCGUUUACCUGGAAACUCCUCUCUCCCUCAGGUGACCUGGCAUCGGAGGACGAGUACCUGGACAUCCCCAGUAUCUCCAGACAGAGAGCGGGGACCUACGAGUGCACCGCCGUCAACGACAUCGCCACAGACGUCCAGACCGUGGAGAUCACAGUCAACUAUGCCCCCAGUGUGUCAGAGGGCAGAGACGUUGGCGUGACCCUUGGCCAGAGAGGGCUGCUGGAGUGCGAGGCAGAUGCAGUACCCGAGGCAGACUUCGAGUGGUACCGAGAUGACAGAAGGAUCUUCAAUGGUUUUGACGGCAUGGAGAUCGAAGAUGCCGGGCAGCUCUCCAAGUUGACCUUCUUCAAUGUCUCUGAGGCCGACUACGGCAACUACACUUGCAUCGCCAUUAACAAACUGGGCAGCUCCAACACAAGCUUUGUCCUGUAUGAGGUUAUUGAACCCACUAGCUCAACACUACUGCAAGAACCCGGAGCAGUGCAGGACGGGAACAGCGGCUCGAUGGGGACGCAUGUACACACCUACACCUGUCUACUUCUGGCCAUCCUUCAGUUUCUGCUCAGGUUUUGAUGCAGUAGGCUUUCUGGCUUCCGAGGGGCAAGGUUGCGUGGUUUGUGUGUUUUCUCUCACCCGGAACCACAAACGUGAUGCACAUGAGUGCAUGGGCUACCCUAUUACAUAAUGUCAAACCGCUAAAAAGUAUUAUGUAACAUACACAUUUUUCUUUGUUAAUUUUAGGAGUUUUAAGGACAUAACAGCAUUGUCGAUUUUUGGGAUUUGAUUUGUUUUCGUUUCCCCUCCCAUUAUGGUAUGAUUCUCAAAUGUUUAUUUUUGGGUGUGGUUUGUCUGUUAUUUACAUUUUAUUUAUUUCAGUUUCUACCGAGUGACAUAGUCAUCUUAGCCCCAAGAGUCUUAAGCGUAAAUCAUAGUCCAUUGACGUUAAGACGCGAUAGUCCGGCAUCCCAUUGUGACAUAGCUACGCGGCUCUGAGACCACCAUCCGUGGGGGACGCACAGCCCGAAAGCACACCUCCCAACAAUUCCCAACCAAUGCAGCUCCGGUACGCGUCCUUUAUUCAUUUGAAUGUGGUGACGGUUGGAGAAAAAGCUUGAGAAUUUGAAAAGUAUGAAUGCCAAUAUUCCAGAACACUGCUGUGCGUAUGCGUACACAUUUUGGACUAUGAUAGAUGCUUUAGCGCCAAGAUUCUUAUCCUCAAGAGUUAAGUUUAUGAGGUGAAUGAAACAAACAUCUCAAACAGGCAGUGAAGCAGACGGACUGAAAUCACUCUAGGACCUAAAAACAUGUUAUCAUGUUUUUUUGUUUGGUUAUAAUUAUUUCAAUUAUAAUUUAAACCUAUUUCUGAUUCUGACACAUUGACAAACCACAACAAUGGUUAAGAAGAAAUUGUAUUUUCUCAGCAUUGUCAAUUGUGAUAUUUUCAGUUGUUUGUGCUAUUCUAUCUAUUUUUGGGAUUUUAACACAUAUUUUGAAAGGGGUAAAUACAAUAUCAAAGCUGUAAUUGUGAUUAUUUAGGCAAAGAGCUUGUUUUUCCUCCGUUUUAGCUGGCACAAGUCUACACAAGGUGGUGUAAAGAAUUACUUAACUAGUUAUGAAUGGAAAGGAAGAAUUUCCAUUUGUGUGGACAUCUAACUUCAAGUAAUGUAAUCUCUCUCAAAUGUUAUUAAUGUCACUACAACUGGUUUUACCUUAAGGUACUUUAAGUUAUAAUGUAUUUACAUGGGUCAUUUGCACACUAGGGUCAAUUCUGAAGUAUUCCCGUCUCAACAGUGUUGGUAACAAAGAGGCUAAGGAAUAAGACUGUGUCCAAUAGCAACUCUAUGGAUCACUCUAAGGGCAAAUCCUAACUUGCACUUGAAAGGAUACUUCGGGAUUUUGGCAAUGAAACCCAUUAUCUACUUGAGAUGAACUCACGGAUACCAUUUUUAUGUAUCUGCAUCCAGUAUGAAGGAAGUUAGAGGUAGUUUCACGAUCCAACGCUAACUAGCUUAGCUCAAUGACUAGAAGUGUAUGGGAUCUACUAGCAUGCUAGCAGUUACCAUGGACUUCCAGUCCAUGCACUAACACUAGUUAGCAAUUGUGCUAACUAUAGUUAACAACUUCCUUUAAACUGCUCACAGAGAAAAUGGUAUCCACAAGUUUAUCUGACUCUGGGGAAGUAGAUAAAGGGCUUCAUUGCCAAAAUCCUGCAGUAUCCCUUUAAGUAACAUUUUCACUUUGUGAUGCAUUGAUGUCAAUGGGAGACUAAGUGGAAAUUGGACUGAAGUGGAGGUUAGGAUUUGCCCGUAAAAGAGCCCAAAGUCUUCUCAGCCAUUAGUUUCAGUAAUUUUUUUUGUUACUACAAAAUACUCUAUCAUAACCAAUAAGUAUUAAUUGUUUGGUUGUGUUGAACUGGUACAUGCAAAUGUACUGGAAUGUACAUGCAAAUGUACUGGAAUGUACAUGCAAAUGUACUGGAAUGUACAUGCAAAUGUACUUUGACUGGAAAUGCAAUUGUUUUACAUAUUGUCUCCCAAUAGAGCACAUACACAUACAGUCCAUUAAUAUAUUAUAAUUUAGUGUUGUAUACCUAGUCAAAUAAUCAGGGCUGAGUUUGGAUUGAUUUGAAAUCAGGCAUAUAUUUGUCUCCUAUAUUUGUCUCCUUGUCACCAAGGACACACUCAGGAGCUACAACAAUACUUCCUGUAACCAUUCUAUGUAACACAACAUCCACCUAAUCUGACUCUAUAGAGAAAACAUCUACUACAGACGUUUGCUCAAUGCUCAAUUUGUUUUUGUAUAACAGGAAAGCACACAAUGCUCUGUUAAAUCAAUAUGCAAGAAUUUUGCAGCUUUCUUCUGUGCAAUGCAUCAACCCUUUGGCCCAGUUUAUAAACUGCACAGCAGUUGCUCUUCCUUGUGAUCAUUUUUUAAACUUUAUUAAAAUAUCUGGACCCAUAUUCACAAAGCGUCUCAGAGUAGGAGUGCUGAUCUGGGAUAGUUUUUGUAUUUUAGAUCAUAAUGAAUACAAUGGCAUGGACAGGGGGGGUCUGAUCCGAAAUGAUUCAUUUCUGUGUUGGUUUUAACAUUACCUAUAUCAGGCAGUGCACUUGUGGAGCUCAUGAACAACAAAUCAUUUACGAUGAGAAACCCCAGUCGAGUGGUUCACUGUGGUUAAAGGGAUGAUUGUAAGGGACUGAUGUAUAAAAAAAAUCCUAAUUUAGAGGUCUUAAAGGUAGACUCAACGUUGUGAAAUCAUCAUACACAGCGGGACAAUUUAUUGCUUGCUCCCAGAAAUCAACAUCUAAUCUGCCAGGACUGUGACUAUUGGUUCUUCCUGAAGUGGGCAUGCCUCAGGGGAGGGCACAGAUUAAGAGUCAGUUUUGGCAGUUUUCUGUUGUUGAUGUCUGGAAGCAGGAGGUCACCAUGCCAUGUACGAUGAUAUCAUAUAGUGAAGUCUGCCUUCAAUAUUUUAUUCGCAAAUGGGGAGAAAGGGACACAUUUUGAUGUUAAGAAAUAUUUCACAUGUUAAUGGUUCAAACCUGUGGUGCUGCCAUCAGAAUAGGCCAUAUUACAGCAGAUAAUUGGGUGCAUUUAUCACACAUUUCAAAUGGGUUAUGUCUGUGUGAGGAUUUUAGGAAUAUCACUUUAAUGCAUGUCAUGCAUGGUGCAAAAUUCAUCAGCGUAAUGGUUUGCACCCCAAAACCAUUUUGAAAUAAAUACCACAUGAUUAAUACCCUUGUAAAAUAGGUCUUCAGACCUCCAUGGGAAAAAUAAAGGUUAAGUAAGUUUUCUACUGUGGUGAUGGCAUCACACAUUUUUACUGACAAAACGGAUCCCAAUGCCUGUUGAAAGAUAUGGAAAUCUGGGGUUAACCUCGGUCUAGUGACGGAAACUAUAUCAUUAUGUGGACUCAAUGAAUUAAAGGCCAUGCUAAGGGUAGAUUCAAUAAAAGUUUUACAUUUUCUUUUUGUUGCAGUUGUUUCAAAACAUAUGUACAGAAAGCAACAGCUGGGGCUUCUGAGAAGUCCACGGUAUAACCAUCACAGAAACCUAUUUCCAACUAUUAUUUUUGACUGAGCUUAUAUUGCACCUACCCUUUAGUAUAGUGCUCUUUGUGACGUGACGUGACAUUUGUUGAGUAUACAUUGCAGUUUGGAAUAAUUCGUUUUGGAAUAGGGACUUUGGAAAUAGCAGUGACAAAGUUGUAGACAUUGGCGGCAUACGGAUGUGCUUGUCUCAGUUAUAAAAGGACAUUUCUGUGUUGGUGCAUGACCAAAUCUCAUUAUCAAAUGAAUUUGAAUUUCUGAUGACACACACAUUCCCUCUACUCCAACACAGUACAGUCAAGUCAUUCACACGGCAUAGGUCACAGUGAUCCCUUAAUUCUGGUUGAUUCCAAAGUGAAGACAAUAUGACAUUCUAUUUGACUCCCUGUAAUGUAAGAUUGUUGAUUCAUAUGUAUUUUCUUUAUGAAGAUUGUGUGUUCAUAUUUAAGACUGACAAUAAUAAAAAAAAGUAUUGUAAAUGC